CUGAGGGGCGCGGUCUCCGUCUUCCGCUGACACCACCAUGGUGCUCGAUGUUCUGGCGCGCAUCAUCAAGGUGCAGCUACCUGCCUACCUGAAGCGGAUCCCGCUGCCGGUCACGCUGGGUGGCUUCGCUCAACUCACAGUUGCAGAAUGGCUGCGGUUGCUGCCGUUUCUUGGAGUUCUAGCACUGCUUGGAUACCUUGCUAUUCGCCCUUUCAUUCCUCGAAAGAAGCAGCAGAAGGACAGCUUGAUCAAUCUAAAGAUCCAGAAGGAGAACCCCAAAGUGGUGAAUGAAAUCAACAUUGAGGACCUGCAAUUUACGAAAGCAGCGUACUGCAGAUGUUGGCGAUCAAAGACGUUCCCUGUUUGUGAUGGUUCUCACAACAAGCACAAUGAAUUGACGGGCGAUAAUGUGGGUCCAUUGAUAAUUAAGAAGAAAGAAGUAUAACAUUUUUAUUUUCUUUAUGGGUGCUGUAAUGUGUUCAUUAUAUGUAAAAAAACAAUUUUUAAACCGCGGUCCUGAAUAUUAACAGUCCAAUAAAUAUCUUUGCAGAACUAUUUGCACAAGAUGUAAAGCUUUGUCACUAAUCUAUCUGUUGUAUUUUGUCGGUGUACAGUGAUAGUGCAUUCUUUUGUUUUUCAUUAAAAUAAUCAAUGAUUAAAGUUAAGAAGUAUUAUUUAAGACCUUUUGAACUUGUGCUACAUUUAUGUUGACUAAUUGAAAUGCAAGGAAUUGCAGGUGACUCCCAUGUAAUGGCAGUUGUGGGAAAGGAAAUUUUCCCUUUUGGAAUUCACAAAUUAAUCCCAAUAGAUCUGGGAUACAAUAAAAAUGAACUCUU